CUGUAUGUGUUUUCUCCACAGAGGCAGAAAGAAGCGUGACUGUGAAGGGAGAGACGUAACAACUCCCUACCUUCCACAGCUCCUUCUGUGGGGGGGAGACUGUGCGCAGACUUGUGCUUACUAAUUAACUUGCCAGAGAAGAAAAUUCACUCAAAAGAGAAGAAGUCUCAUUUCUUAUCGUCUUGGUUUUUUUCUCACAUGCAUGCAGCGACACUGAACACUUAAAGCUGACGUUAACCCGUUAGCGGCGAGACGCAGGAGCUGCCACGAAUAGAUCCAGUAUCCACGACCCCGGUCGGCUGACCGGGAUAGGACCUCGUGUUCCUCUCGCACUGGACUCGUAUCUUUUUCCCCCUCCUUCUCUUCUUUUACUCCUUGGGCUGGUUCUAACUCCCGUUUUGUGGCUGUUAAUUACAUGAAGUGGAUUGUUGUGCUCGCUACAAACUCAAACCGGGACUAAACGUUGUGGUGGAGAGACGGAGAGAAAUGCCAACGGCGGUGACAAAGAGGAGAUUCAGUGUUAGUCUUUGAUCCUGUCAGAGUGGGACGCGUCUAGCAGGGGACCGAGGAGGGAGCAGUGCCAACUUGGAACAUGGUGCCUAAUAUUCACCUGGCAGGGCCCCUCCUGCCCAGAGGGGCGUUGCUGUUCCUGCUUUUACUCAGCUGCAUAGUCUUCUCUUCUCUAGCAGACAGCUUGCCAAGUUUCGUCAAAUCCCCUGAGGAUCAGACGGGCAUCUCGGGCGGAGUUGCAUCGUUUGUGUGCCAAGCCACAGGGGAGCCGAAACCAAGAAUCACCUGGAUGAAGAAAGGCAAGAAAGUCAGCUCCCAGCGCUUCGAGGUGAUUGAAUUUGACGACGGUUCGGGCUCCGUACUGCGGAUCCAGCCUCUGCGCACGCACAGAGACGAAGCCAUUUACGAGUGCACGGCCACUAACAGCGCCGGCGAGAUCAACACCAGUGCCAAGCUUACAGUGCUUGAAGAGAACCAGGUCCCUCAUGGCUUUCCCACCAUCGAUAUGGGCCCCCAGCUAAAGGUGGUCGAAAAGACCAGAACUGCCACAAUGUUGUGUGCUGCCAGUGGAAACCCAGACCCAGAGAUCUCAUGGUUCAAGGACAUGCUUCCUGUGGAUAUCAGCAGCAGUAACGGGCGCAUCAAACAACUUCGCUCAGGAGCCCUGCAAAUUGAGAACAGCGAGGAGUCUGACCAGGGGAAAUAUGAAUGUGUCGCCAUGAACAGUGCCGGGACCCGUUACUCUGCUCCUGCCAAUCUCUACGUACGAGUGCGAAGAGUCCCACCCAGAUUCUCCAUUCCACCCACCAAUCAGGAAGUGAUGCCGGGCGGCAGCGUCAACCUGACGUGCGUGGCAGUGGGCUCACCGAUGCCCUACGUCAAGUGGACCACGCCUGACGAGGAGCUAACCAAGGAAGAAGACAUGCCACUGGGACGCAAUGUCCUGGAGGUCACUAACAUUCGCAAAUCGACUAACUACACAUGCGUGGCCAUUUCUUCUCUGGGCAUGAUUGAAGCCACAGCUCAGGUUACUGUUAAAGCCUUACCAAAACCCCCCACCUCGCUCAGGGUGACUGAAACCACAGCUACCAGUGUAACUCUCUUAUGGGAGUCUGGAAACCCAGAACCUGUCUCCUACUACAUGAUCCAGUACAGAGCCAAAUCCGCCGACAAUGGCUUCCAGGAAGUCGAAGGUGUGGCUACCAACCGUUACAGCAUCGGCGGGCUUAGUCCGUACUCUGAAUAUGAGUUUCGUGUCAUGGCUGUUAAUAACAUUGGCCACGGGCCUCCCAGCGACCUUGUGGAGACACGCACAGGUGAACAGGCCCCCUCCUCACCGCCUCUACACGUCCAAGCGCGGAUGUUGAGCGCCAGCACAAUGUUAGUUCAAUGGGAGCCACCCGAGGAACCCAAUGGGCAAAUCAGGGGCUACAGAGUCUACUACAGCUCUGACAUGACAGCGCCACUCAGCGCCUGGCAUAAACACAACACAGACGAUAGCAGCCUAACUACCAUCUCAGGACUGACUCCCGAUAUCACCUAUAGCCUCAGAGUGCUGGGUUUCACCUCUGUUGGUGAUGGGCCACCAUCUGACAUCCUGCAAGUCAAGACGCAGCAGGGAGUCCCUGCCCAGCCAUCCAGCUUUGAGGCUGAAGCCGAGCUGGACACCCGCAUUGUAUUGACGUGGCUGUGGCCCGUACAGGACCCCAUCACCAAGUAUGAGCUGCAGUACUGGGAAGCUGGCUCAGACAAUAAGAUUCACGUGACCUUCAACCCUGCAGGCUCCUAUGCUGUAGAGAACUUAAAGCCAGACACUUUGUACUAUUUCUCCCUGGCCGCCCGUUCCGAAAUGGGUUUGGGUGUCUACACCCAGCCCAUCGAGGCCCGCACUGCCCAGUCCACCCCGUCCGCUCCUCCUCAGGACGUACAACUGGUCAGCCUGAGCUCCACCAGCCUCAAGGUGAGUUGGGUGGCACCACCUGCCGCUAGCCGCCACGGUGCCAUAGUGCGUUACACAGUCAGCUACCAGGCCCUGGCUGGAGAGGACACGGAGAAGCACGAGGUCACUGGGAUCGGUGCAGACGCCACCAGCCAUGUGCUGGAGGGCCUGGAGAAGUGGACUGAGUAUCAAGUGUGGGUGAGGGCACACACUGAUGUGGGCCCAGGUCCUGAGAGUGCCCCAGUGAGGAUGAGAACCAAAGAGGAUGUGCCGGGAGCACCCCCCAGGAAAGUGGAGGUUGAGGCCAUAAAUUCCACAGCUAUCCGAGUCACCUGGAAGCCACCCCUGCAGGGGAAGCAGCACGGCCAAAUCCGAGGCUACCAGGUCGUCUUCUCCCGGUUAGAAAACGGAGAACCGCGAGGCCAGCCUAACAUCAUGGAUGUUUUUUUGCCAGAGGCCCAGUGGAAUAUUGAGGAAUCCACCGAGCAUGAGGCCAUAAUUGGUGGGCUGCAGUCUGAAACCACCUACUCUGUAACUGUAGCAGCAUACACCCUGAAGGGAGAUGGUGCUCGUAGCAAAGCUAAAGUCAUCACCACAACUGGAGCAGUGCCAGGCAAACCCAGUAUGAUGAUUAGUACCACCAUGGGAAACACAGCACUGCUCCAAUGGCAGCCCCCCAAGGAUAUGGUGGGGGAGCUGAUGGGCUACCAGCUGCAGUAUAAGCGCACCGACGAGGACACCUACACCUCGCGCGAGAUGAGAAAGACUGACGACCACCAUACUGUCACUGGCCUGCACAAAGGCGCCACCUACAUCUUCCGCCUCAGCGCGCGUAACCGUGCAGGCAUCGGCGAACCUCACAUUAAGGAGAUCAGCACACCUGAAGACGUGCCCUCAGGCUUCCCGUCCAACCUCCAAGUUACGGGCCUGACGCAGUCCAGUACCCAGCUGACCUGGAAGCCCCCACCGCUGGCAGAAAGGAAUGGCAAGAUCACACAUUACUUGGUGGUAUACAGGGACAUCAACAGUCAGACAAACAGCACCAACCGCACCACCGAAACACACAUGACUAUCCAGGACCUUAAACCUGACACCACUUACGACAUCCGGGUGCAGGCAUUCACCAGUAAGGGCGGCGGACCCCUCAGCCCCAGCAUCCAGAGCAGGACCAUGUCGAAUGCUUUCCCCACCCUGAACUUCGGUGUCAAAGCUGUCAUGAAAACGUCCGUCUUGCUCACCUGGGAUUUGCCACCAAACUACAAACCCCAAGCGCCCUUUAAGAUCUUGUAUAACCAGCAAAGCGUGGAAGUGAUGGGAAACCUGAAGAGGAAGCUGAUCACGCAGCUGCAGCCAGACACAGACUACUCCUUUGUACUGACAAGCAGGGGCAACAUUGCCGGAGGUCUUCAGCAGCAGGUGUCCAUCCGCACUGCCCCUGACCUGAUCCAGACCAAGCCCAGGACACAUCAUGCUCAAGGUGGCAAGAUGAACAUCACCCUGCCAAAGAUCCAGACCACCACGCGUGUCAAGUGGUACUACAUCGUUGUGGUGCCCGUGUCCCCGGUGACACGCAAGUGGAAGAAUCCGGACGAGAUGGACAUGGAUGAGCUGCUCAAAUCAAGUAGAAGUUCUGUCCUAAGACACCGACGUCACUUGGAUUCCACCAAGCCUUACAUUGCUGCCAAGCUUGCGUCACUUCCAACCACCUUUAUGCUGGGUGAUGAGAAAAGGUACGACGAAUUCUUCAACAAGCCCCUGACGAGCUCACAGCAGUAUCUCUGCUUUGUCUUGGCUGAACUUCAAUCUGAAGGGACUGACAGCACUGCUCAGUAUAUGACAUAUUCAGCUAGUCCCUACUCAGAUCCAAUCGAGGUCACUUCACCUGUGACUGGGAUGGAGCAGUCUGAAAUGCUGUGGGUCAUGGGCCCAGUGCUGGCUGUGCUGCUCAUCAUCAGCAUCGUCAUCGCCAUCCUCAUCUUUAAGAAGAAGCGUGCAUCACCCUUACCUAAAGACGAGCACUCGGGUGGGGUGAAAGACUCCCUGCUGGGCAACUCUUCCGACCCUGUAGAGAUGAGAAGACUCAACUACCAGACCCCAGGAAUGAGGGAGCACCCCCCAUCCGUCGCUGACCUGGCUGACCACAUAGAGCGACUCAAGGCCAAUGACGGCCUCCGCUUUUCCCAGGAGUACGAGUCCAUUGAUCCAGGCCAGCAGUUUACCUGGGAAAACUCAAACAUGGAAGUAAACAAGCCAAAGAACCGCUAUGCAAACGUAAUCGCCUAUGAUCACUCCAGAGUGGUGCUCACCUCCGUUGAUGCCGUUCCAGGAAGUGACUACAUUAAUGCCAAUUACAUCGACGGCUACAGGAAGCAGAAUGCCUACAUUGCUACUCAGGGGCCUCUGCCAGAGACACUGAGUGAUUUCUGGAGGAUGGUGUGGGAGCAGAGAUCCAGCACCAUUGUCAUGAUGACCAGACUGGAGGAAAAGUCAAGGGUGAAGUGUGACCAGUAUUGGCCAUCGCGAGGAACAGAGACCUAUGGGAUGAUCCAGGUCACCAUGUUGGACACUGUAGAGUUGGCAACGUACAGCGUCCGUACUUUCGCCCUCUACAAGAAUGGCUCCAGUGAAAAGAGGGAGGUGAGACAGUUCCAGUUCAUGGCCUGGCCAGACCACGGGGUGCCCGAGUAUCCCACACCGAUCUUGGCCUUCCUUCGGCGGGUAAAAGCCUGCAAUCCUCCAGAUGCAGGGCCCAUGGUGGUCCACUGCAGUGCGGGCGUGGGCAGGACUGGCUGCUUCAUUGUGAUCGAUGCCAUGCUGGAGCGCAUGAAGCAUGAGAAAUCUGUAGACAUAUACGGCCAUGUGACGUGCAUGCGUGCCCAGAGGAACUAUAUGGUCCAGACUGAGGACCAGUACAUCUUUAUUCAUGAAGCCCUACUGGAGGCCGCCACCUGUGGCAACACCGAGGUGCCAGCCCGCAAUCUUUACGCCCACAUCCAGAAACUCACCCAGCCCGCACCUGGAGAGACGGUCACCGCUAUGGAGCUGGAGUUCAAGAGACUGGCCAACUCCAAAGCCCACACGUCACGCUUUAUCAGCGCCAACUUGCCCUGCAACAAGUUCAAGAACCGCCUGGUGAACAUCAUGCCUUUCGAAUCCACGCGUGUCUGCCUGCAGCCCAUCCGAGGUGUCGAGGGCUCAGACUAUAUCAACGCCAGCUGCAUCGAUGGCUACAGACAGCAGAAAGCCUACCUGGCCACCCAGGGCCCGCUGGCUGAAACCACUGAAGACUUCUGGAGGAUGCUGUGGGAGCACAACUCCACCAUUGUUGUCAUGCUCACCAAGCUACGAGAGAUGGGACGGGAGAAGUGUCAUCAGUACUGGCCAGCAGAGCGGUCAGCCAGGUACCAGUACUUUGUGGUGGAUCCAAUGGCUGAGUACAACAUGCCUCAGUACAUCCUCAGAGAGUUCAAAGUCACAGAUGCCAGGGAUGGACAGUCCAGAACAAUCCGCCAGUUCCAGUUCACCGACUGGCCAGAGCAAGGAGUGCCAAAAACUGGAGAAGGCUUCAUAGAUUUCAUUGGACAAGUGCACAAAACCAAGGAACAGUUUGGACAGGACGGACCAAUCACUGUACACUGCAGUGCCGGGGUGGGCAGGACCGGAGUCUUCAUCACCCUCAGCAUCGUGCUAGAGCGGAUGAGGUACGAAGGUGUGGUUGACCUCUUCCAGACAGUAAAGACGCUUCGCACCCAGCGGCCCGCCAUGGUGCAGACAGAGGACCAGUACCAGUUGUGCUACAGGGCAGCACUGGAGUACCUGGGGAGCUUUGACCACUAUGCAACGUAACCACUCCCACCGAGCACCUUCCCCGGUCAGACCUCUCAGGAGUGUGCCAAGUGUCCCAUCUCAGCCGCCAUCCAAUCACUUGAUCCCCCCCAGUCCCCGCCCCCACCCCGCUAAAAACCCUAUCCCCUCGCAGCUACCGGAGGGGCGGAGAAAGGGAUGAGCUUGCAGACCCGUUGACGUUUUUUAUCCAAUCACAGAGAUACACGCCGAGUUAACCAACCACCUGAGAUUUUUUUGCUUUAAAAUAAUAAAACAUUACAGUGACUAUUGACAACUAUGACAACUCUUGUAUAGACCCGACGGCGCAGACUGGCAGCUCGCCUCUCUGCUCCGCCGAAGCCAAUCCUCCCUGAUUGUCAAAGGCUACUGGUAGCACAAAGAGAGCAUUUUCAUUUUUUUGUUGUUGUUGUUGUUUUUAUUGUGUUGUUAUGAUUCAUUUUGUCAAACGUUAUUGUUUAGUAUACGUUUUUGGGGGGUUGUUUUUAAUAAUCAUUUUAAUAUCAGGCAUUUCUUCUGUCUUAAACUGCCCAGCAGCCUCGGGUAUGCAUUAUUUUCAUAAUCAUUUAUAGGGUACUUUAGCACAGGGGACAUGUGUUUUUAACAUGUUCCUAGGUACUAAUACAGGAGGACCACUGUUCUCUGAGCUGCUCUCAGAUAUGUUUUUGUCACAUCACAUUGUUGUUUUUAUCAUUUUAUGUGUCAUAAACGUUGUUUUUGGUCUUACUCAGUUCAAUAGCUCAAAUUUUGCCUUUUCACUUGCCAUUUCAAGUGUAAAAAAAAAAAAUCAACUUUGAGAAAAUUGAUUUCAGAGCACAGACUUGCUGUAGUUGUCUUGUAAACGUGGUAGCUAGCUAAAAACACAAGUGAAAUAUCUAACAAGAGACUAAAUCAGAGUUGUACAGAAAUGGAAAGCACAUUAUUUGUACGGUUUUUGGGUUGGUUUCUUUCUUUUUUCCUGUUUUGUUUUGGGUUGUUUUGUUGUUGUUUUUCAUCAGAAGCCUAUGGCAUUGAGGCCUUCAUGCUCCACAGAGGAGAACUUACCUGAGGAAAGACAGACUUUUAUACCCAAAGGGUAGGCGACAGAAUAUAAACUCCCGCCCUCUGAACAUAGAUGCUCUUCAAGUCCCUCCCAUCUCCUCACUCACCAUUAACCUGAUCGGUUUGCUGGAGUGGAACCACGCAGACCGGACGGGAGCGGAAGUGGUUCAUAUGGGCUGAGGAGCAGAGCCAUCAGCGUUGGUACCUGUACAGAAUCAACCAUUCCUACCAGAGGGAAAAAGACUCAGCCCUUUGGACUGAUAAUAUUUUAUACAGAAAUAGAACUAUAAAUAUAUAUAUAUAUAUAUAUAUAUAAUUAUGAUUGAUUAUAUAUAUGUACAAUUACACAUAGAUAUAUACACAGCUUCAAAAGUAUAUUGUUAAAAAGGAUAAAUUCUGCUGAUCUACCUAGAGACACCGCAGAGAGCCUGCUGUCCUAGCGUGUGUAUUAAUGGAAACACCCGUUGUAUCUACUGUACUACCAUAGUAACUUUGACAGCCGGUUGUUCGCCCGAAUGAGGAAAAACAGCACAAACCCCCCCAACACACACCCCACACCCAUCAAAUGGACGACGACUCACUCACCACGGGCCAUCGCACUGCUCAAGCACACAGCUUCUCCCACACAAACUGCAGGAGGGGAGCUUCAGAUCCAGAAGGCCUAAGUGUUGUGGUGGUGGUGGUGGUGGGAGGAAUGGGAGGGAGUGGGGUGGGGGGACUUGAAAACGCUGGCAAAAAAAACAAAUGUUCAUUUUUACCUUGUGAAUGCUUAGUGCUGUAGGGGUUCGAUCUGUUGUACACAGUCUGUUUUCUAUUUGUUGAUAAAGAACUGGAAUUUCAAAAGAAACUGUUGAUGAUAAAAAAAACCAUUGAUGUUAAUAAAGUUACAUAAUUGGGUUUUUGUACAAAGA